CUACAUCAAACCUAGGGUUUCUUAUAUAUAUAUCAGUAUAUAUAAUAAACAUCUAUAUAUAUGUAUUUGUGAUUAACCAUAAGAUCAGAGAGACAGGAAAAGGAGAAGAAAUAAAGAAUGAUGUGCAGCCGAGGCCAUUGGAGACCUGCAGAAGAUAAGAAGCUAAGAGAACUUGUCCAACAAUUUGGUCCUCAUAAUUGGAACGCCAUAGCUCAAAAGCUCACUGGUCGAUCUGGUAAGAGUUGUAGAUUGAGAUGGUUUAAUCAACUGGAUCCUAGAAUUAACCGAAACCCUUUUACGGAGGAAGAAGAAGAGAGGCUUUUAGCGUCUCAUCGGAUCCAUGGGAACAGAUGGUCGGUGAUCGCAAGGUUUUUCCCCGGUCGAACUGAUAACGCCGUUAAAAACCAUUGGCACGUUAUUAUGGCUCGUCGUGGUCGAGAACGGUCCAAGAUGCGUCCACGUAGCCUUGGCCAUGAUGGCACGGAGGCUGGGCCUGGGAUGAUGGGAUAUAAAGACUGUGACAAGAAGAGAAGAUUGGCAACCACAAUAGAUAUCAAUUAUCCUUAUAGUUUCUCUCAUAUCAAUCAUUUUCAAAUCCUCAAAGAGUUCUUGACUGGAAAGAUCGGCUUUUGCAAUAGUACUACUCCAAUCAACGAAGGACCAAUAGACCAGACUAAAAGACCGAUGGAGUUCUACAAUUUUCUCCAAGUUAAUACGGAUUCGAAGAAACCUGAAGUGAUACACAAUUCAAGAAAAGACGAAGAAGAAGAAGAAGUUGUUGUUGACAAUUGUGUUCCCUUUUUCGACUUUUUGUCUGUUGGAAACUCAGCCUCUAAGGGUUUAUGUUAAUUAGUUCGUAGCACAUGUACUAUACACAAGGUGGAUCAUAUGUUAAUAAUGACAUGUGGACUAAUCAGUUAGAGCUCUUGUUUGAGCCAAAUGUGAAAAUUAGA